CCCAAGCCCAACACUAUAAAACCCUAAUUACAAUAUAAUGAUCUCUCCUACUAUUCAAUCUAGGGUUUAUAUAAAUCUCCCUAUUUCGCAGUUUCAAAUUUUCUAUUCUCUCUUCGCAAAUUCCUUGAAGAAGCCAAUGAAGGUGAUCGCUGCAUACUUACUAGCUUGUUUGGGUGGCAAUGCCAUUGCCUCUUCGGGCGAUGUUAAAGCCAUUUUCAAUUCAGUUGGUAUUGAAGCUGACGAUGACAGGAUUGAGCUUUUCAUGUCCCAAGUAAAGGACAAGGACAUUACCGAGCUGAUUGCUGCUGGACGGGAAAAGUUGGCCUCUGUUCCUGCUGGUGGUGGUGUUGCUGUUGCCGUUGCUGCUACUGGUGGUGCUGGCGGAGCUGCUCCAGCUGCAGCUGAAUUUAAAAAAGAGGAGAAAGUAGAACAACAAGAGGAAUCAGAUGAAGAAAUGGGUUUCAGUCUCUUUGACGACUAAGGGAUCUGGAAGCUCGCUACUUUUACGGUGCCAUAAGUUAAAACGUAUUUAGAAUUUUUCUGUUAAUUCUAUCUCUUUAUUCCGAGGUGUAGGUAGAGUUUGAUAUUAGUCGAGACAGUGGAGGUUUUGGUUAACCUUAUUAAAUUACAGAAAGAUGAAUUUAUCUACUUGGAUCCUGCAAUGUAAGUUUAUGUCUUUCUGCAUGUUACUGGCGUUCUACAACUCUUCUGAUACAAGAAAUUGGUCAA